ACUGUGCACAUGCACACCGCUCUCGGUCGCUUUUGCACAGAGCUAGAAGCUGGGGUGCUGGAUUCUCCCCUUCAAAGCGUUCACUCUCUAGCAGGAGACAGUCCACCCAGCGCACUUUGGGAUAGAGUUGAUCAUAUAAUCGAUGGACGUCAGGAAGGCGUGAGUUGUGAGGAGCUGUGGAAGUAAAGCCGUAGAAAAAUGUCAUUGGUCAGAGUGAACCGUUACUGUCCUCGAGGAGGUGGAAAAAAAGCACUGAAAGUGAAGAAGAAGAAAACUGCAGUGAAGCAAGAAUGGGAUGUAAGUACAUGUGGUGAGAUGGUAAACUGUAUGACAUUACUCUGGGUAAUAGGCGUGAUGAUGGGGCCCUAUGACCAACCGCCUUUGCUAGACAUCUUCAGCAAACUGACAACUUCUGGAAGUGGGGUACGUCGUCAUGAAAUACACAAAUCGAAGAAUAGAGCAUUAGUUCACUGGGAACUCCAAGAAAAAGCUCUGAGAAGAAAAUGCAGGAAGCAGAAACCAGAAACUUGGAAUCUAGAGAAAACUAGAUUGUCUAUCAUGAAGGAGAUUCUUUCUGAUCAAUACCAGAUGCAGGAUGUGUUGGAGAAAUCUGAUCAUUUGAUGGCUGCAGCAAAAAAGCUCUUUGUCUAUGCUCCUUACAGGCGCACAGGGUUUCCAAAUGUAACAAUGGCUCCUGAUUCCUCUCAGGGUCCCAGCAUGGUGAACCAGGACCCAAUUACCCAGUCCUUCCCUAAUGAGUCUGUUCUGGAGCCUCAGGCUCUUAAUGAAGUAGAUGACGAAGGAGAAGAAGGAACAAUUAAUAGCCAGUCUGAAGAAAGUGAGAAUGAAUUGGAUAACUCUCUAAAUCCUCAGUCUAAUAUGAACACAGACAGGUUUCUCCACCAACUAAAGGAAGAUAAUUCUGAGUUAAUUAAUAAACUGUGGACUGAUAUUCAGCAGAAGAUAGCAACACAGUCACAAAUUACAACCCCUCCUGCAACUCCAUCUUCUCCUCUUGCAUCAGAGGAACAAAGAGCUGCUCUAAAUGCUACUGGUGCCAUCAAGAGAAUCCAAAGCAGGCUUCAGCCUGAAGAAUCUUCUGGAACUCUAGACUCAAGCUAUAUUGUGGGACAAGUGCUGAACUCAAGGAAGCAAAAACAGCUGUUAAGUAAAGUAAAAAGAAGACCAGAUUUGCGUGCUCCUUCCAAGAAGAAGAAAAACAUGCUGUCAGCGAGCACAGCCUCUGCAGAUUUGCAAAGUAGCAAUAAUUCCAGCCUGGAUAUCCUCAAACACAUGAUACACGAGGUGGAACAGGAAAUGGAAGAAUAUGAGCGGUGCACAGGACGCGAGGUCACAGGACUGCAGGGGGGUCAGGGUCUCACAGGCUUCACGUUGUCCCUGGUGAGCUCUCUCUGUCGCCUAGUUCGGUACCUUAAAGAGAGUGAAGUUCAACUACGUAAAGAAGUAGAGACAAGGCAACACCUGGAACAAGUAUUAGGUGAUCAUCGAGAGCUCAUUGAUGCUCUGACAGCUGAAAUUCUUCUUCUUAGAGAAGAAAAUAGUACCAUACAGGCUAGACUUCAGCAGUACAUGGUCACAACAGAUGAGCAACUUAUAUCACUCACACAUGCCAUUAAGAACUGUCCUGUGAUAAAUAACUCUAGACAGGAAACUCAGGCUUCAGAAAGGGGAGCCACAGAUGGAAGAGUUGGGGACAGUCCAGAGGGCCCUGUUUUAAGUACUAAUGUGUCUGUGCCAUUGAUGUUCAGAGGGGAAGAAGUGGUUGAUUUCCUGCAGGAAGAGUUGCCUGUUAAACUGUCUCAGAUGCCAAACCCCGCUGAUAGUACACAUCUAGCCAGCAGUUUUCCAGCACAUGUCUUUGAGCCAGCUGUGUUGUUAACACCACCCAGGCAGAAGAGCAACUCAGAAUUCUCUCCUCUGCAGGAUGUAUUGAGGAGGACUGUUCAAACUUGUCCUGCUCCACGAAUUCUUCCCACUGUGGAAAUAAUUGAGAAGGAACAAAAUUGGGAAAAGAAGACCUUACCUACUGAUACAGAUAUUCAGAAUUCAAGUGAAGAGAAUGGACUCUUCACUCAGAGGUGGACAGUCUCCCACAUGGGAGAAGAUGCAGAGAACAAAACCCAGGCACCUUUCAUUAACCUCUCACAGCCCCUCUGCAAUUCCCAUCCCAAUGUUCAACAGUCGAGAAAUCCUGCAUUCUCAGAAGAGCUCCCAGUACUGGGAGAUGGGCAACAGCUUAGAACAAGCGAGGCAUCAGUACAAGGAAAGGACAUCAUGGCACGAAUUGCUGAGUUGACACUGCAGAAUUUAGUCAUCAAGGCACAUCUAAGUAAUAUUAAUGGAUCAGGAGGAGAGCAAGGGGAUGGACUGCAAGAGUUGAGCAAACAGGAACGUGCCAGUGAUAUGACUGCUACGUUUCCAGUCGCACAGUCUGUAGCACCAAGCAGCGUGGAGGAACGGAUUGCAGAGUUGAAUCGACAGAGUAUGGAGGCUCGUGAAAAACUAUUACAGUUGCUAGAGCAACAGAAACUUGUUGGCUUGAAUCUCUCCUCUCCACCAGUGUCGCCUGUUCAGUCGCCUCUCAGAGCAUGGACCGAAGGAGGAAAGAGGACCAUUGACGUAUGUAUUCCAGGAGCAGAAGCCCCAGAAAGCUCCAAAGGCAAUAAUAUUGUCUCUCCUGUUGGGGGGGCAAAUACAAGAAGAUCUUCAGGGGCUACUAGUAAUUCUUGUUCUCCUUUAAAUGCCACCUCAAGAAGUGGACGAUUCACAGCUGUUAAUCCAAGAACAAAGACUGAAAAACAAAAUGAAGGCUGGUUUGCUCUUUCUACCCACAUGUCAUAAGUGAAGUUGAAGUCACCUUUUAUAGAGUUUGUUGACUUUCCACUCCCUUUUUCGUGCUCUGGUUUCAAGUUUUUACUCCUUCAGAUAAAACCUACAAAGAUCCUGUGAAUUAAUACUAAUGGAACAGAGAAAAAAAAUUAUUUUAUUUUUUAUUUUCAAAUAGAUUUUCAACAACCAACCGUCCUUAUAAUUCCCUGUGAAUAAAAUUUGACUGUAGAGGAAUUAAAGUUUUAUAUUCUAAUAAUUCCUAAAAUAUUUUAAGGUUUAAAAAAAAAGUAAUACAUUUUAAUCUUCACCACCUUUAUUCUGGUUUUUUAAUUCAAUACGUCUUAAAUGUUGAUGUAUUUAAUUUUUUUUUUUUCCUGAAGGACAAAGUUGUUUUGCAUAUACUUGCACUGAAAUGCCUCUGUGUGAUUAGUCUGGUUUUCAGAAAAAUGUAACAUAUCUGGUUCUUCUUUGGUGGGAAAUUACUGCUGUCUGUCACCUUUUCCAAGGAGAAUGUAUGGCUUUGAAAAUUGAGUGUGGGAAUGUUUAUAUUUGCUUAGGGAGUUAAGAAUGAUUGUAUAAAUUCUAAGAAUCUUAAUUUAGUUUUUAAAUGUGAAAAUAUCAAUAAUGAUAAUGUACAUCAAAUAAAUAAUGAUCAUAGAACUCAGAUGUCUAAAUGUAGUAACUGACUUAAUGGUAUAGUUGUGUUUGAAACAAUUACAUAAAUACAGAAAAUUGCCAUCAAUUUUCUCAGUUCAGAAUCUAAGCAGAUUGCAAGGAUAGGUUUUUCUUUCAGGCACCUGCUUGGUUCUUAAAUGUUGGCUCCCACCUGGGGACUCUUCUUGGACACCACUGUCCUGCCGUUUGGAGUUGUAAAUCACUGUUCUAGGAAGUGCCUUAUGUAACUUACUUUUUGGCUUUUGUAUUUUGUGGCAAAAAUAAUUUUCUAGUACUGCUGAUUUUAUUUAUGUUGUCAUCUUUGAAUUUCCAUCCAUAUUGUACAUUUUUACCUUUUGAAACUUGGUAUUUAAUAAAUUCUAUCCCUAUGAUAUAAACCA